AACGCAAUCAUACUUAUGCAAAUGGAAACCCAACGGUCGACUGCACAUUGCACUGCCUUUCUUUCCCUAAUUUCCUCUCCAAAUUUCGCAACUUUCCACUCCGAAAUUCUCAUUCUAACAGCAUCGAAGAAAACUGCGAUGGGGAAGCUAUCAUACGAGGAAUGUCGCCGCAAGCGGAUGGAGGAAAACAGGAAAAGAAUGGAAGCCCUCAAUCUCCCCAAGCUCUCUCAAGCUCUCCGGACCCCCUCCUUCAAACCCUCUCCGUCUCCGAAGAAGCCGGCGAAGUCUAGCACGGUAGAGAAAGCAGUGGUGGUCAGAAGGUCGGGUCGGGUUGCCAACAAACCCGCCCCUGAUUACAAAGAAGUUGUCGUUGAACGCCUGAUGAUACCUAGAAGAAUAUCUAGGCGUAGGGAUUUGUCCAACAGGGUAUAUGCUUCGGAUGAAGCAAGAGCAGAGGCUCUAGAGAAAGCAGAAAAUUUGGAGUUGACUUUAGGAACUGAUUUUCCUACCUUCACAAAGUCAAUGCUUCCCUCCCAUGUUAGUGGUGGAUUUUGGCUAGGUCUCUCAGUCCACUUCUGCAAGACUCAUCUUCCAAAGCGGGAUGAUGUUAUUACUUUGAUAGAUGAAGAGGGUGAUGAGUAUCCAACCGUAUAUUUGGCCAGAAAAACAGGACUUAGUGGUGGAUGGAAAGGGUUUGCAGUUGCUCAUGAGUUGGCAGAUGGAGAUGCCUUAGUUUUUCAGUUAAUCCGACCCACAGCAUUUAAGGUAUACAUUGUAAGGGUGAAUGGUCCUGAACAAACUAACCAGCAAUAACAUUUUAAAUGUUGGAGACAAUAGAAUCAGUUCAGGUAACCCCCUAAGGACAAAAUACCAGCAAAAAGUUAGAUAUGAUUGUUGGCAUUUAGCUAAUGAAUUUCAUCAAUUAUUCAGUGUACAUAAUCAUCAGUAACAUAGAGUGUAAGCAAUUCAGCCCCCAUAAACCUCUUUCUUGCAAAUUAUGAUUUGUUCUUAGCUUUGUUCGUCUUUGGGCCUGGGACCUACCUUGCAUUCACCCUGUCUCACACUCCAUUGACAUUAAGCAUUCAUGCCACAUGGUUUUGCAUCCUGAGUGACUUUGUAUAAUCUUUUUAUUGACCAAUAAACAGGAUGCUUUAAA